AGAAUGCACCUUGUAUCAACACGGCGGCUGUAGCGGCUUCCAGGAGGGUCCGGGGCGCCUAGCAGACUGGCACAGGGCCCGAGGGCCAUCAGGCGGGGCCCGGGUGUAGAGGGUCGGCUGCAGCCAUGGCGGAGUCGGCGCCUGCUCGGCACAGGAGAAAACGACGCCCCACAUCUUUAACUUCUUCCACGCUUCCUUCACAAGCCACAGAGAAAAGCUCAUAUUUUCAGACCACUGAGAUCUCACUCUGGACGGUGGUGGCUGCCAUUCAGGCUGUGGAGAAGAAGAUGGAGUCUCAGGCCGCCCGACUCCAGAGUCUGGAGGGGCGCACGGGGACAGCUGAGAAGAAGCUGGCCGACUGUGAGAAGACGGCCGUGGAGUUCGGGAACCAGCUGGAGGGCAAGUGGGCCGUGCUGGGGACCCUGCUGCAGGAGUACGGGCUGCUGCAGCGGCGGCUGGAGAACGUGGAGAACCUGCUGCGCAACAGGAACUUCUGGGUCCUGCGGCUGCCCCCGGGCAGCAAGGGGGAGGCCCCCAAGGUGUCCAGGUCACUGGAGAAUGACGGCGUCUGUUUCUCCAAGCAGGAGUGGGAGAAUCUGGAGGACUGGCAGAAGGAGCUCUAUAGAAACGUGAUGGAGAGCAACUAUGAGACGCUGGUCUCUCUGAAGGUCCUUGGCCAGCCAGACGGAGAAGCAGAGUUGAGUACAGAGAUACUGGGUGACCUAGAGGAGGAAGGCCCUGUUGGUGCCCACCCAGCAGAUGGGGUCGUGAUCAAACAGGAGCUACAGUACAAGCCAGAAGGCUCUUCACAUCUUCCUGGAGAGUUCUCUGUCAUGACUGAAGAGCAGGCUUUCCUGACCCCGGAGCACACUGAGCUCUGGGAUGGUCAGGGCAGUUCUGUCCUCUUGGAAACAGGUCCUGGGGGCUCUAAUCUAGAGGAGCCCGUUGAGGGCAGUAGAGACCUUAGCAGUGGCAGAACUCUGGGCUGCCCGAAGCAGAAAUCUCAUAGGCAGAUACAGCUGAGUCAGGAACAUGGGCAGGGCCUGAAGCUGAAAAGGGAUACUUCCGGCCCCUAUGAAUGUUCUGAAUGUGAGAUCAACUUCUGCUAUAAGCAACAGCUGGCCACACAUCUGCGGAGCCACUCAGGGUGGGAGUCCUUUACACCCGAAGAGCCAGAGGAGAGCCUUAGGCCCAGGCCACAGCUUAAGCCCCAGGCCAAGAGGGCCAAGCUGCAUCAGUGUGACGUGUGCCUGAGGAGCUUUAGCUGCAAGGUGAGCCUGGUGACCCACCAGCGCUGCCACCUGCAGGAGGGGUCCAGUGCUGGCCAACGCAUCCAGGAGAGGUUCUCGCCCAACAGCCUGGUUGCUUUGCCGGGCCACAUCCCUUGGAGGAAGAGCCGGAGUUCCCUCAUCUGUGGUUACUGUGGCAAGAGCUUCAGCCACCCGUCUGACCUGGUGCGGCACCAGCGCAUCCACACGGGUGAGCGGCCCUACAGCUGCACCGAGUGUGAGAAGAGCUUUGUCCAGAAGCAGCACCUCCUGCAGCACCAGAAGAUCCACCAGCGGGAGCGGGGUGGGCUAGCCCUGGAGCCUGGAAGGCCCAAUGGCCUGCUUUAAGAGUGCCAGCCCCUCGCCCGUCCGGGGGGCGGAGGGGGGUGGCAUUGGUCCCCCCGAAGAGACACUGUGCAGAGUCAGGAACUGAGUUCUUCCUGAGGGAAGUUGCUUCUGAUUUGCCUUCCUUGACCAGGUACCUAGCCAAGGCCAAAGGCUGUCCUGAAAAUCAUGUGGAAGAGGAAGAGUCUGGGACCAGGUCUUUACCCUGCUGCUGAUUUGCUGUCUCUUGGCACCUUCAGGUCUCUAAUUUUCCCAUCUGUGCUGAUAAUCUUGGGCUGGGGUUGGAGAUCUAACCCUGCAGGGUCUGGUGGCUGGUUCCAGGACUCGCCUCAGCAUUUCACAUCUUCCUGAAGGGUUGAGUCAGGCCACAGUGGGUAAGCAGGUAUAUAGAAG